UGAAGCAUUCAAUAGACUGGAAUUACAAAGUGAAAAAAUGAAAAUGAAAUGACAAUUUUAGAUUGAUAUUAUGUUUAUACUUUUCAUAUAUUGAUCAUGAGUUUCUUAUGUUUUCAGAGAAAGAAACAGCCCGUGGCAGAACCUAGUGGGCUAUAGCAGUGACAACGCCAAUGUAAUGGUCGGUUCCAACAACUCCGUUCUGUCACGUGUACGUGAACAACAAUGUUGAGGAUCUACUCAUUGACGUUUACUAUCAUUUCCAGCACAGUGCCAAACGUCGAGCGGUCUACAGGGAAUUCCCUGAGUUCACAGACACAGAAGAGUACAAACUGGUGGAGCACUGUUCAACAAGAUGGCUUAGCCUACACAAGUGUGCGAAGAGACUCCUACAGCAAUGGCCUGCUCUCCGUUCGUAUUUCAAUAGCCAUGAAGAAUCAGAGAAGAAGGGUACUCGUAUCCAUCGGUGUGCCACAAGCCUCUCCGACCCAGUCAUGCAGCUGACAUACCACUUCCUUGCCUUCAUAUUUGAGCCACUCAAUGAGUUCAACACUAUGUUUCAGGCUGGUGAUUCCUUGGUUGGAUACCUUCAUGCUGAGAUGGAGCGACUGCUUAAGAUGUUCCAGGUGAAGUUUGUCAAGAUGUCUACCAUCAGUGCAACAGACCAUGUAACUCAGGUUGGCUUCAAGAACCCAAGUAGCCAACAUGACAACGACCUACUUUUAAUUGGUAUGGGCGCCAGACGGUUCAUUGCAGACAACAGCGACAGCAUCAGUCCCACUCAGCUAGCAACAUUUUUCAGGAACAUAUGUUGUAAAACAAAUUGUGUGCUGCUGUUUGAUAAACACUCCAUCAAAUUCCAUCUUUAACUGUUGAUAGUACAUCUGUAUUAAAAAAAAUAAUUCUGCACUAAUUGUGACAGUGCUAAAUUCUGAUCCUUGCAUUGUUUAACAGUUUCAUAUCUUUUACAAUGUAUAUUCAUUUCAGUGGUGUUCGAGCAUUCUACGUAGAGGUCACAUCAAAGACGGUGAAAAAUUUCCUUUCAAAGACGAGACGCUGAAGGCACUGGGCUACUUAAACCACACACAAAGGCUGACAUUGAUGCGU